UGCACAUCUAUUGCCCAGAUCAUCACUAUUUUUAAUAAAUAAUCUAUAAAGUCAACGAACAUCUACAGCAUAUUGUAAACAUCCAUCGCGCAUCAGAGAAUGAUGACGUCAUUGGAAAAUACCCAACCCCCAGAGGGGCAGACACGCCUCGUCAGGCAUUUCCAGGGGCAAUCUAUCGAUGAACACUCCCAUGGAUGGUCCAACCUCUGGGACACCGAUAACAGUGACCUCUGGGAUCGAGGAAAACCUUCACCGGCUUUGAUUGACCUCAUCGAAGAGAGGAGCGAUCUAUUCCAUCCUACAGCUGAAAGUGGAAACCGGAAAAAAGCUCUAGUCCCAGGUUGCGGGAAAGGAUACGACGUUGUGAUGCUCGCCUUGCACGGGUUCGAUGUCUACGGCCUUGAGGUCUCCGAGACUGGUGUAUCUGUUGCAAAGGAGUACGCUAGAAACGAGCUUAUACACCCGCAGGAGUAUAACUUUGGGUCCUCCGCGCAGAGGCAAGACCGUGGCGAGGUGGUGUUUAUCCAAGGUGACUUUUUCAAGUCGGAUUGGGAUGCUGGGAUCAAGUUUGAUCUUAUUUAUGAUUAUACCUUCCUAUGCGCCAUUCACCCGACCAUGCGCCCUCAGUGGGCAUCACGGAUGGCUGACCUCCUCGCCCCGACCGGUCAGUUAGUCUGCCUCGAGUUUCCCAUGUGGAAGGAUCCCAAACUCCCCGGUCCACCGUGGGGAUUGGAUGGUGUUCACUGGAAUCUACUCGUGGAGGGGGGUGAUGGAAUCGUUGGGGAUGAGGCUGUGAAGGAUUCGAAAGGGGGAUUCACGCGGUCGCUGUAUGUGAAGCCGGCGCGGUCGUAUGUGAGUGGAAGGGGGGUUGAUAUGUUGAGUGUUUAUGUUAAGAAGGCCUGAUUAUUUUUGUAUGUAUUUACUAUCAGAUGGUGGAAUGUAGUGUUAAUGGAAGCUUGUCGUGC